UAUUUCGUGGAGAGAUAGCGCGGGUCGGGUUAUAAAUUACGCGCUGAGAGGCACAGCAACACACGGACAACCCGGGCCAUUUCGUUAAAAUACAAGCCCAUUACUACCGCCAACAGACAAUAUAGUCAAACAUUUUCUUCAUAUAAGUAUUUCGUUCCUUUUUUAAGGUACACUCAGGGCGCACAAUGGCAGAAAACAUGGAGGGGAAGGUAUCCAACGGAGAAGCGCAUCUUGAUGAGCCGGUAGCCAACGGACUCCGCCACAAGAAGUGUUCCAACGAGACAACCGUGGAGAAAAUAAAGAGGUUAGUCAUGGCCAACUUGCUGGUGAUUCUCACAGUGGCCGGGGUGAUCAUCGGGGUGUUCAUCGGACUUGGUGUGCGCCACAUGGAGCUGAGCAGGACACAGAUCCUCUACGUGGGCUUCCCCGGGGAGCUGCUCAUCCGGUUGUUGAAAAUGAUCAUCAUCCCCCUGGUGGUGUGCAGCCUGGUGUCCGGGGCGGCCAGCAUCGACCCCAAAGCUCUGGGCAAGCUGGGCGGCUGGGCGAUGAUUUUCUUUUUGGUCACCACUUUAAUUGCAUCAGCCAUCGGGGUGAUCAUGGCGUUCAUCAUCUCCCCCGGAUCAAACACCGGCUCCAAGCCAAUUUUGUCGGAUGACGGCGAGCUGCCCCAGGCCAAAGAAGUGGUGGACUCCUUCUUGGACCUGAUCAGAAACAUCUUCCCCUCCAACUUGGUGUCUGCUGCCUUUCAGUCUUACGCUACCAGUUACAAGUUUGUGACCAAGAAUGUCUCGAAUGGCUCGCCCAGCAUCACAGUGGAGAAGGUUCCCUUUGGCACAGACCAGGACGGUAUGAACAUCCUAGGACUGGUGGUGUUUGCCAUAGUGUUUGGUGUGGCCCUGAGGAAGCUGGGAGAGGAGGGAGAGAUCCUCAUCAAGUUCUUCAACUCCUUCAACGAGGCCACCAUGGUGCUGGUGUCCUGGAUCAUGUGGUAUGCCCCCCUUGGAAUCAUGUUCUUGGUAGCAGGGAAGAUCGUGGAGAUGGAGGACGUGGGAACGCUGUUUGCCAGCCUGGGCAAGUACAUCGCCUGCUGUAUCGUCGGCCACGCCAUCCACGGCCUUCUGGUCCUGCCGGGCAUCUACUUUAUCAUCACCCGCAAGAACCCCUACACCUUCCUGUGGGGCAUCUUCACCGCUCUGGCCACCGGCUUUGGCACCAGCUCCAGCUCUGCCACCCUGCCCCUGAUGAUGAAGUGUGUGGAGGAGAACAACGGUGUGUCGAAGCACAUCAGUCGUUUCAUUCUGCCCAUCGGGGCCACGGUGAACAUGGACGGUGCAGCGCUCUUCCAGUGUGUGGCGGCCGUCUUCAUCGCUCAGCUCAACAACAUCCCGCUCAACUUCAUCCAAGUCUUCACCAUCCUAGUGACAGCCACGGCGUCCAGUGUGGGAGCAGCAGGGAUCCCCGCGGGGGGCGUGCUGACGCUGGCCAUCAUCCUGGAGGCAGUGGGACUGCCCACCAGCGACAUCUCCCUCAUCCUCGCCGUCGACUGGCUCGUGGACCGUACCUGCACCAUUCUGAACGUGGAGGGCGACGCCUAUGGAGCCGGGCUGCUGCAGUGGUACGUGGACCGCUCUGACAAGCCCAGGGAGGGGCCGGAGCUAAGCGAGGUAAAGCUGGAGGGUGGCACGCCUGCCUUGCCGGAGCACUCGCCCCUCAUCGAGGAGAAGGAGAGCAGCAGGGGCGCGGGCGACGAGACGGCGGCGGCUCGCGGCUCUGAGAAAGAGUCGGUCAUGUAGAUGGUUCGCUGACGUGUCAUCGAUGACCCUCCGUUUGACCCCUCAAUCAUGCCAGAAAGGAGGGGAGAGGGCCUUUUUAGACUUCCAUUUAAAGACCAUUCCUUUCCAUGUGUCUUCUCUCUUUCUAAGCGAGACUGAGAGAUCCAGGUAGGGGGGGUUGGUGGAGUGGGGGGGCAAAGCAGAGCGUGAACAGAGGCUGUUCAGAUUUGAACGUGACAGUGUUUUUGAUUAAGGACUCUAGAGUCCUUUGAAUGCUGCUUUGGUUCAGAAGAGCUGGCCCUGACUUCCACUCCCUUUUUAAAUAUUUAUAACAGUAACCAGUCUUGAAAAGGCAAAUAUCUCCAUGUUUUCUAUAUCACAGCCGCAUGUACAGUUUGUUUCUCUGUGUAUGAAGUAGCCUGCACUAAUUCUCACUGUACUCUGAGAGUAGAUGAAAAUUCCAAAGUUAUCACACAAGAUCCUCUACUGUAUGAUGUACCAAAUUAAGUUGAAUCCUAAAUGAUGUUCCACUGCUGGGAGAAAGGACUUUUCUCGCACAAGAACUGUGGCUCUGCUCAAUGCUUCUAAUCUGUAGCUGUUUUUAUCCCAAACAUUUCAGUCAGUCUGGGGCCAAGCACAAUAGGGUUUGCACAGUCCAAAUGAAGGCUUCAUGUUCUCACAGUGGUUUUACAAUGUUAAAAGAAUGUGUGAGAGGUGUUGCAAUAGAGAUCCUAUUAAAUUACUAAGAGGGGAAAUGUCAUAUCUCAAAGUUUCAGAAUGGGACAAAAUGGCAGCCAUCUUGGUCAGGGCGAAAUCCAAAAACAGUCAUGGGAAUGAACGGCAGUAGAGGCAUAGGUGAUGCAUUUCCUGCUUUUACUUAAGCGGGGGGGGUGUAAGGCAUGUGAUACAUUAUGAAUUGUGCUAUAUUUGAGCUAGUGUAUGGCUGUGGAUCGACUGCAUUCUUUGAAUAGGAAUGUUGGCAUUUUAGCAGUUAAUUUAAAAAAAUGUAUAGGAUCAUUCCUCAAACUGUCUGGCUAGCUAGCUAGUAGACACAUGGAGUGCAGAUCCAUUUUUGUUUUACACUAUAUUAUCACAGCACUGGCAAACCAUGGUUGACCACCUCCCUGACCAACAUGGCUGACAUUUGGACCUUGAUAAGAAGGUUAAUGUCCAUUCUAGUGUUCGAAUUCUUAAUUCUAUGGGUGUUGCCCUUCCUGUUCCUUCACUAGGCUAAGAGUCGCAGUAACCUAAUGUUGCAUGUCCUAUGUUUAUUGGGGAAUAGGACUUUUGGCAGACGAGUGGGAAGAUAAGUGGGGGGAGUUACAGUGAGCAAGUCUGAGGCCAUUUCAUUUAGAGGAAUAAAUUAUGAAAUUCUAUUUGUCUCUAUGACAGGUGUAUCAUUUAAAGCAAGGGGUUAUUGACUAGGCCGUUUAUCAAUUUGUGUUUAUUUCAUUGCUUUUUUUUCUUUUUUGAAAUGUAUUUCUUGAAUCAGAUAUACUUCAAAGCAGACGAGGCCAGUGGCUGAGUAGGAACAUACUCGUCAGCCUCUUUUUGGAUCAGUUCUACUGUUUUAAAUUGUCUCCAAGCUGGCUUCCCUUCAUCAAGUGAAGAAUGUACCUUACCCAAAUCAUGAACACUUUUUUAAAAAAACGUUUUAUUUGUAGACUUAUUAACGUUAUUUGAAAGUUUAUUUUUGCUAGUUAUAUUUGAUGCUUUAAUAAUUUGUUGGUAAUAGCUUUUUAUACUCAAUGUUUAUCAUUCUGCACAGCCGCUUGAAAACCUUUUGGCGAGACAGCAUUUUUAUUUAACUAGACAAGUCAGUCCCUAUGGGACUCCCGAUCACGGCCGGUUGUGAUACAGCCCGGGAUCAAACCCAGGUCUGUAGUGACACCUCUAGCACUGCAAUGCAGUUUUACCACUUUCAAUGCAGUUUCACCACUUUCAAAGCAGCAGCACCUAUGUGCCAGUUACUUGUGUUCCAGUUCAACACACCUGCUCUGUAAACUGUUUUCCUGAGCAAAAACCCCAGAGGUGCCUUAUUGCUAUUAUAAACUGGUUACCAACGUAAUUAGAGCAGUAGAAAUAAAUGUUUUGUCAUGACCGUGGUAUAUGGUCUGAUAUACCACGGCUGUCAGCCAAUCACCAUUCAGGGCUCGAACCAACCAGUUUAUAAAAUCUCUUUUGGAACGUAAUUGUCUUAAAGGGACAGCGUCCUAUUUUGAGAUGUAAAACAAAUAUUCUCAAUUACAUACUUUUAAAGAAAAUAAGGGAAUGCAAUUAAUACAAUGCAGUUCUAAAGAAUAAAGUAAUGGCUUGUGUUGCGAAAUUAUAUUAAACAGAUUUUUUAAAUAUAUUUAAUAGCUGAGAGAAAGAGAGAGAAAGCGUGCCAACAUAUGGGCUCUGCAUGACCCCAGUGCAUCGAUUCUUUAAGGCCCCAGGCCUAUUCGGGCCAGUGAGAUAAAAGCUAAUAGGCCGUCAUUGUAAAUAAGAAUUGGUUCUUAAAUUAACUGACUUGUCUAGUUAAAUAAAGGUAAAAAAAUAAUGUUGGACCCUGCAAUAGCCUAUGAAUAGGGCCCAGACCAUGACCCGGUUCAGGCACCAGAAAAGACGCCUAUGAAUUAUUUUGCUAUGCUACUUUUGAACCUGUGGUGCCACCUCUGAUUCUGCAGCUUGUCCCCCCCCUGCUGUCUGUCUUUAUGUUUUGUGCAAUGCUUUAAAAAAAAAACAUUCCACAGGGUCUUUGGUGUGUGUGUGUACAGAUGUAUGUAUUUGUGGUGAUGGUGGAUGUGUAGUCAGUCACCAUGGCCACACGAUGACAUAGUUACUAGAGCUGUAGAGAACCACGGUUUUGCUCUGAAAUGACUCCGUUAUUUCUAGAAAUAAAAUACUUUUUUAAUUAA